UGCUGAAUCGGGGUCUGCUGACUUUGAAUUACACAUGUUUCGGGAUGGUUUUCCCAGGAAACUUGAAAUAGUUUUAGUUGUUCGUGGAAUCUGUUACUAGGCUGCCACUGUUCGGUUUGGAAAGCAGUCAUUUAUCCAGCUUUAAUUAAUUAAUUAAUGUAUUUAAUUUAAUUGUUUGUUUUGUUUUUUUUAAUAUAUAUUUUCUCAACACCCGUGCCUUCAAGAAAAAAAUGGACGUCUAUGAAGGUUUGGAAGGGGAGAAAGUCUUGAAUUUAUCCCGAUUGAAUUUGGAUAACUUGGAUUUAGAUGAUGUGGGAGAAGAAAGGAAACGGGACACUCAACAGCUGUUUCUGGUUUACAACAGAUUUAUUAUGCUUCCUGGUUCGAUCUGUCACUUUUCGAACCUAGUCUUUCUUGACAUCAGCUGCAACAGACUGGCCUUUAUUUGCGAGGACAUCCUCCGGCUUUCCAAGCUCAAGACCCUUGUUGCAAAAAACAACAGGCUGGAUGAGUUCUCCCUUCCAAAGGACUUCGGGACCAUGUCCCUGGAGGUGCUUAACUUCAGUGGGAACAGAUUUGAGGAGUUCCCAAGCGAGUUCCUCAAUCUGCAAAGACUCCAGUCCCUCUCCCUGGGAGGAAACCGACUCAAAUCAAUCCCCGCAGAAAUAGAGCAAUUAACAAGCCUGGAGCUGCUGUACCUAGGGGGAAAUUCCAUCACUUCCAUUCCUCCAGAGCUUGCAAAUCUCCCGUACCUCAGCUACCUGGUACUGUGUGACAACAGAAUACAGAGCAUCCCUCCACAGCUAGCACAGAUGAACUCUUUACGGUCCCUGAGCCUCCAUAACAACCUGCUCACUUAUCUUCCACGCGAGAUUCUCAGCCUGUUCCAACUGCAGGAGCUCAGUCUCCGUGGCAACCCACUGGUUGUGCGGUUUGUCAAAGAUAUGACCUACGACCCUCCUUCACUCUUAGAGCUGGCAGGACGCACGGUCAAAUCCCGAAAUCUCCCCUACAAGCCAGAGGACUUGCCAGGGAACCUCGUCAGGUACCUGGAUUUGGCCAGCAAGUGCCCCAACCCAAAAUGUGGAGGUGUCUACUUUGACUCCUGUGUGCGUCACAUCAAGUUUGUAGAUUUCUGUGGCAAGUAUCGGCUCCCCCUGAUGCACUACCUGUGCUCCCCUGAGUGCUCCUCUCCCUGCAGCUCCAACCCGCAGAGCGACGCUGACUCGGAGGACGAGAGCAGCGUUCCUGCUCACAGAAUGCAGAAAGUGCUGCUCGGCUAAGGGGGACAAGUUACACCAGGGGGGUCUGCUACCACCACCGAACUCGCUUGAUGUUCCAGUUUUUUAGCGCUGCCUUUGCUAUUGUGUUACAGUCGUUCAUUUUCUUUCUCCCAUAAAAUGCCUUUAGUUUUUUUUUUUUUCACUUAGAACAGUUUAAGAGUGAGUUUGAUGGGUAACAAACUGUAAAAAAAAACAAUCAGUGGGUGACAGUGUUCUGCUUUGAAGGAAUUUCUGCUUUAUUCAAAUAGUACUACUGCAGUUAAAGAUUGCAUGCUGUGAUUGUUCACAAAAUGCAAAAGUAUGAGUUUCCAGCUAUGUUUGGGACACUUUGUUAAACUUUAGGCAAGUAUUUAACAGAGUAUUGCAUUUUAUAAUGAAAUGAAGCUCAUUAAAUAACAGUAUUAUUUUAUGAUUUUUCUUUGUUUUUAUUCCCAGUCGAAAGUUCCCUCAGAAGAAAGAAUUUUCUAAUACCGAGUAAAAGCAUGGCCAGUCUUUA